GAUCUUGUUACCAUUUUUUAAUUCUAUUUCACUCUCUCAACUACUCCAUUUUGUAUAUUUGCUUAAAUCUUUGUCUUUCUUUGCUUCAAAAUGGCAAACUUGCAAACUCUUUCUUGCUUGCUCUAUUCUUUCUUCUAAAAAUCACUUAUUUGAGUUUUCUACUUGAGAAUUUCACAUGUUUGUUCAAUUUUUGUAUUUUGACAUUGGUUUUAGCUGUAACCAUUUCUAAUUAUGAGAUCACUUGUGUUACCACUUCUUCUUCUUCUUCUUCUUCUUCUUUUUCCUCUUGUUUUGGUUGGUGAAGUUGUCUCCUUGCCCAUAAAUCAAGAAAUUUUGGCGCUUGGGGCUUUCAAGAGAUCAAUUUUUGAAGACCCACUCUCUGUUCUUUCUGAUUGGAAUAGCUUUGAUGAAAAUCCCUGUGGUUGGUCUGCAGUGACCUGCUUGAAGCCUCAGAACCGUGUGGUUAAUCUGGUUUAUGAACACUUUCCAAUUCCCUCUCUGAAAGGAUUUCUGGCGCCGGAGCUUAGGUUACUGGAUUUCUUGCAAGAGCUAGUUCUGAGUAAUAAUUUGUUCCUUGGAUCAAUCCCUAAAGAAAUCGGUCUGUUGAAAAACCUCACAGUGUUGGAUUUGAGCUCGAAUCAAUUCUGCCCCGUCCCUGCUGAGAUUGGUGAUUUGACCAGUGUUACUAAAAUAGAUUUGCAUUCUAAUGGGUUGACUGGUGGUAUACCAUUGAAACUUUGGAAUCUUGCAAACCUUGUCGAGCUACGUUUGGAUAGGAAUAAACUCAGUGGACAAAUUCUUGGAACCGAUACACAUGGCAUGACACCCUCCUACGAUAAUCGGACUGGUUUAUGUGGGCUAACUUCAUUGAAAUUUGCUGAUUUUUCAUACAACUUUUUUGUUGGGAAGAUACCUCCUUGUCUUAAGUAUCUGUCAAGACUCAACUUUCGGGGGAAUUGUUUUCAAGAUAAAGAGUCCAUCAAGCCGCGUUCUACUGAGCAAUGUUAUUCUGUGAAAAGCCAAGCAGCCAAUGAAACCUAUGAAUACUCCAAUGUGGCGCCGAAGCACCACAGGCCGCACCAACCAAAGUGGCUGCUGAUUUUAGAAAUCACUACGGGUGUAGUUAUGCUUAUCUUCGUGAUCACUUGUGCUGUGUCUGCUAUUAAAAUAUGCAAAAGAAAAUCCUCUGGCAUUAUCCCAAUAAGAAAACAAUCAAGUUGGAAGGAUGAAAUAUCAAUAUCAGUCGACAGUGAGUUGUUGAAAAGUGUGCUGCGAUUCAGCAGGCAGGAACUUGAAGUUGCUUGUGAAGAUUUCAGCAACAUAAUUUGGUCUUCUACAUACAGUAAAGUCUACAAGGGCACAAUGAAGAAUGGGUCCGAAAUUGCUGUUCUGUCACUAAGUAUUUCAGAGAAUCAAUGGACAACAUAUUUUGAGCUCCAGUUUCAGAAUGAGGUUGCAGAUUUUGCAAGGUUAAAUAAUGAGAACAUAGCGAAGUUGUUGGGGUAUUGCAGAGAAAGUGAACCAUUUUCAAGGAUGCUUGUUUUCGAAUAUGCAUCGAAUGGAACAUUAUAUGAGCAUCUUCAUUAUGGUGAAGGAUGCCAAUUCUCUUGGCUAAGACGAAUGAAAAUAGCUAUUGGUAUCGCUCGUGGACUAAAAUAUUUGCACACUGAACUCCAGCCUUCAUUCACAAUAUCUGAGUUAAACUCCGGUUCCGUGUAUCUUACUGAAGACUUUUCUCCAAAGUUGGUUGAUUUUGAGAGGUGGAAAACAAUUGUUUCGAAAGCAGACAUAAAUGGUUCUGUUGCCAAUGGCCUACCCUAUCAUGGGUUUAUGGAUUCCAUAGAAAGACGACAUAUGGAUGUUCAGAGCAACACAUUUGCUUUCGGAAUGCUUUUACUAGAGCUAAUCAGUGGAAGGCCUUCAUAUUGUGGAGAUAGAGGAUGCUCAUUGGAUUUGGCUAUGGAGUAUCUGCAAAAACCGGAGAAGAUGAGCCAAAUAAUUGAACCUCAUUUGAAAAAUGUCAAGCCUGAUGAUCUCUCUGUAGUAUGCAGUACAAUUAGUCUUUGCAUUGAACCUGAAGCAUCUAAGAGGCCUUCCAUGGAAAUAAUUACUGCAAUGUUGGAGGAUGGAAUUGAGACCUCACCAACUGCUCUUUACAAGAACUCUCAUCUGGCAUGGGCUGAACUGGCCUUAACAUCAUAAUAGGUACUUGUUUUCUUUUCCAAGUGCUAAUGCAAGGUGUACACACAUAAUAGCUUGUUCCUUAGUUCUUGUUUUGUUUCUGUUUUGGUGAUUCUUUUUCUGGGAAGCAUAUUCAUGAUCGUGUUGUAUUAUUGUAUAUGCUAAGAGAGAUUGUG